AUGAAUUUAGACGAAAGAGGCAGAAACGGGGGAAAAGAGAAGGAUAUAGGCCCUGGGAAAGGCAUCCUGAAACAGAACCAAAACCCGCAAACGACUUCAAGCUUUCUAGAGAACUCAGGUGUUCGCAUUCCCACCAGGAUAAUAACAAAAAAGGACAUCUUGGAUGGCAGUAACACGACAUCUAGGAUCAACACUUCCAAUUUACAAAAUAAGGUAAAGAGAAGAGUUUCUUUUGCGCCCGAUGUUACGUUGCACAGUUUUACAUUCGUACCGGAGCAAAACAAUGAAAUUAAGGAACCAAGACGUAGGAAAACUUUGACUAACAGCCCCACAAAAAGGUCUAGUCAAGAGGAGCCUCUCGUAACGUCUACUCAAAUCGAUGAUGUUCGUACGAAAGAAAAAACAGUGGCGGAAGACGAUUCCGAUGCAUCUGGAAUGGAAUUGACAGAACCUAUAGUGGCGAUGCCGGAUAGUAACAAGGCCCCACAACACGAUCCCGUUUCAAUGGAAAUGACUGAAGUUUUUCCUCGGAGUGUCAGACAAGAAGGUCCAGAUGUCGGAGGAGAAAAUACUGAGUCAUCUCAACAAAUCAGUGAUGCCGAGGCAGUACGAGAGGAAACAAUGGAAUUGACCGCCAUACAUAAUGUACACCACUAUGAUUCUAUUACAGAAAAUAUGGUAGAAGGCGAACCUAUAGACUUGACGGAAUAUGAGUCUAGGCCGUACGUUCCAAACAGUGUCAUACACAGUUCUAUCAGAUCUUCUGAUCAUAAUGUGGAAAAAAGGAACGAUAAGGGAGAUGUCUUGAAUCCUGUAAAUAAGAUGACUUCCUCUCAGCCGAUGGAAAUUACAGAGGUAUUCCAUGCUGAUUUACAUAACCCUGUGGGUGUACAGGGCGAAAUCAAUAUCAGUGAUGACGGUAAUGAGAUGGAACUUACGCAAAUACAGACAAAUUUUGACCGGGACAAUUACCGUCGUGAUGAACCUUCUAACGAGAAGGAUGUACUAUCUCCAAACAAAAGGCGUAAAUUGGAUACUGAUCUUGAUUAUGCUACACCGGUUACCACGCCUGUCAAAGGUGUAAGGGAUACCAGCGUAGAGAACGAUGAUGGUGAUUUAGAGAUGAUGGAAAAAAUGUCACCAAUCACAUUUAGUGACGUUGACAACAAGGUCGGGACCAGAUCCAAUCAUGCGUCCACCAUCGAAACCGGUAUAGGGGACACUAGCGUGGGAAUUGCGACAGACAACGAAGAACAUACGGGAGAUGGAGAUGAUGACGGAAACAAAAUGGUUGAGACAAUAGCAUUUCCCGAAGUAGGCAAGAAAGGGCAAUCUACUAUUGCGCUGCCUACUCGGGACUACACUUUACGAGAAUUUAUAAAUGAAGUGGGAGUGGGGUUUCUAGAUACUAAACUGAUAGAUCAUCUUGACAAGAAAGUUGAUUUCCCACUCAACAGCUUCAACCUUGUGGAAAAUCAAAGGAUAGAUAACAUAUUUUCUUCCUACUAUAUUGAUAUACCCAUUUUGGAAGUGGAAGCUUUCAGAUGCAAGGAGCUUUGGAGAAGUAUUAAUGAGUCCAAGAAUAAAUUCAAGGACUUUGAGGCCCAAAUUGAUCAAUCCCACCCUCCUCUUCUACUCCAAGAGUAUUUUUCUUCCAAUGAGAAAAUGAAGCAAUUAAUGAGAGACCAGCUGCAACUAGUUAAAGGAUAUUCAAAAUUGGAAGCAGCAAUGGAAUGGUAUGAAUGGAGGAAAAAACAACUAAACGGUUUGGAAUUGAUUUUAGCAGAGAAUUUAACUAUCUUGAAAGGAGAAUACGAAAAAUUAAAUGAAGAGGUUGAAAAAGUUAACAGCAUCAGAGGCAAAAUACGAAAACUUAAUACAGCAAUAAAGGAAGAGAUAAAAUCUUUGAAAGAUUCACCAUCCGAUUCUUAUAAGCCUACUUUAAUGAAUACGAUAAAAAUUGAGGCUUUUAAACAAGAGUUGAUGAAACAUUCCAUAUCGUUAAGUUCAUCCAAUGAUUUUACUCAAGAGAUGCAUUCCAUUAAACUGGCUAUUGCAGAAAAAUCUAAUGAUUUGUUGACUUUAAGAAAUGAGAUCGCUUCUAUAGACAAGAAAAUAGAAAAACGAAAACUAUUCACACGUUUUGACUUGCCGAAACUACGAGAUACUCUUAAAAUUUUAGAGUCUUUAACGGGGGUACGCUUUUUGAAAUUCUCAAAGGCAACACUUUCAAUUGAAUUUCUUCAAUUGGAUGAUUUGAGAGUGGAUAUUGAUUUAGCAACCUUUAAAAAUAAUCCGUUAAAGUCUAUGAAGGUUACGAAUGACGGCAAUAAAGAUCAUGUGAGUUACCACUUAUUCAUAAUGUUGUUGAGGAAUGUUGACGCGGAACAUCAGGAGAACUUGCUUUCGAACCUUUUUCUUGCCAUGAAAAAGUGGAGGCCAUUGUUAAAAUAUAUAAAAUUAUUGAAGCUUUUAUUUCCGGUAAAUAUCAUUCAAACCGAGGGACGAGAAGCAAUUUUGCAGUUCAAGGACUAUGAUAGAAGGAAUAAGACUGCAGUUUUUUACGGUAUAUCCUUUGUCUCGUUUGCUCAGGGAGUAUUCUCGGAAAGUGGACAAAUUCCAAUGAAAGUUCACAUAACUACUCACCAAGAUUACUCACCGUCUCGGGAAGUACUCUCUGAUAGGAUAAUUCACAAGAUUAGUGGCAUCCUUCCUUCAUUUACUAAAAGUAGAAUACAUUUAGAAUUUAUAUAA